AUGGAUCGACUCAACCGGAUGCUUCAGGCCGCACAGGGCAUGGGUAUGGGAAGCGCAGCUCCAGGUGGUGACACCCCGAACCUGAUCGAUAACUCUGAAACUGUACACAUUUCAUCACUAGCUUUGUUGAAGAUGUUAAGACAUGGUCGGGCAGGUGUGCCUAUGGAAGUCAUGGGCCUGAUGCUGGGGGAAUUCGUCGAUGAAUACACAGUUCGUGUGGUUGAUGUUUUUGCCAUGCCCCAGAGCGGUACUGGUGUCAGUGUUGAGGCCGUGGACCCCGUUUUUCAGACCAAGAUGAUGGAGAUGCUUCGGCAAACUGGACGACCAGAAACCGUCGUUGGAUGGUACCACUCCCAUCCUGGUUUUGGCUGCUGGCUUUCGUCCGUGGAUAUCAACACUCAGCAGUCAUUCGAACAGCUCACUCCCCGAGCAGUCGCAGUUGUGGUUGAUCCGAUUCAGUCUGUUAAGGGAAAGGUUGUGAUCGAUGCCUUCCGACUAAUCCAGCCUCAGACCGUCGUCAUGGGCCAGGAGCCCCGGCAAACGACAUCCAACUUGGGUCACCUGAACAAGCCAUCAAUCCAGGCGCUCAUCCACGGAUUGAACAGACAUUACUACAGCAUUGCUAUUAACUAUCGCAAGACGGGACUGGAGGAGAACAUGCUGAUGAACUUGCACAAGCACGUGUGGACAGAGGCUUUGCAGAUGAACGACUUCCAUGAGGAAGGCCACCACAACGUGGAGCGGAUGAAGCAGCUAGUGAGCCUAGCUGAAGGUUACGAGAAGCGGGUCAAGGAGGAGACAGAGCUCACCAAGGACCAGCUCAAGACACGAUAUGUUGGCAAGGUUGACCCCAAGAAGCACAUUGAAGAUGUGAGUCAGCAACUGAUCGAAGACAACAUCGUUGCGGUAUCGCGGCAGAUGAUUGACAAGGAGGCUUCGGUGGCGCGUUUGUCCAGCGGAAAGGGAGCUCAAGAAGGGACGGGCAUGGAUGUGGACGAGGAACUAUAG